AUGGCCCCCCAUCGUCCGAUCAUCGGAGAUGAAAUGCAGAUGAAAGCCUGGCACACUAAACCUACUCGUAAAUUUAGGGAUCGUAUUGGUGACAUCUAUGGACCGGGAACCUCAAAUGUAGUGACGCCCAUGUUGGAUGCGUUACUGGAUGGGACUCCAAUGGCAGUGAUCUGCGGCCAGGCCGCCCCAACGAUCCAGGGUACAGGCGCAUUUCAAGAGAUUUAUGUCGUCUCUUUAGCUCAAUCGUGCACAAGGUGGUGUACCUGUGUGGACACUGUCGCUAGUCUUCCCGGAGCCAUCGGCGCCGACCGCGUUGUAAAGUUAAUCAAUCAAUCUCAACGCCCUGUCACAUGUGCUGGGAACGGGGUCCACUCGAGUUAUGAUGGGCCAGCGUUGUUAUCGCAAGUCGCAGAGCAAGCUUGCAUUCCCGUGGCUACCACUCUCCUUGGCCUAGGAAGCUUCGACGAGACUCACAAUCUAGCCUUACACAUGAUGGGCACCUAUGGAACUCCAUAUGCCAACUGUACGCUGUCUAAAAUGUCGACAUUAUUAUCGCAAUCGGGGCGCGCGCGUAGCAUCGUACAGCUUGAUAUCAAUGCGGAUACCGUGGGAAAAGACAUACACCCAACGGAUCUCGCUAUCGGAGACUUAUCCGUAACCUUGCAAAUACUCCUCCCUCAACUAGUAAGGCAUGAUCGGGCAGAAUGGUUGUCACAAAUCCAGCACUGGAAGGCUGAGUACUCAUUACGUAUCCCCAAUACCAAAGAACCGCAGCAGUACAGCCUCCCACAACAAAUUUUAACAGAGCUGGGCCACCAGAUAGAAACCAUCAAGCACCGCACCAUCCUCACCGCUGGAGUCGGACAACCCCAGAUGUGGGCGGCUCAGCGAUACCGUUGGAGAUAUUCACGCUCUCUAAUCACAUCAGGCAGUCUAGGCGCUAUGGAAUUCGGUCUUCCAGCCGCAAUUGGAGCCCAUCUCGCUAAGCCUGACCAUUUAGUGAUCGAUGUGGACGGUGAUGCAUCUCUAUGCAUGACUAUAGAAGAACUUCUUACCGCGUCACAGUAUGACAUCCCUGUUAAAGUUGUUUUGUUUAACAACCGUCAGCAGGCAAUGAUCACACAGUUGCAGCAGAAAAAUUACAACGGGUGCGUGUGUCAUCCCCGACAGGCUAAUCCGGAUUUUGUACGACUGGCGCAAAGUACGGGGUGUCAAGGGCGUCAGUGCUUCAGGUUGGAUACGCUCCCUGAAAAUAUGGAGUGGCUGCUGAACUGUGAGGGUCCCGCGAUGUUGGACGUGAUCGUCGAGGAUAUUGAUAUGAAACCCAUCGUAUCCACUGGGGGAUCGUUAGACAAGGUAGAAUUAGAGCUAAGGCUGCGAGCUAGAGUCAUUGUCAAACACUCAUUCUCAUAA